AUGUCGCAGCCCACCAGUAGAUAUGGGGUGCAAUCCAACGGAAACUCUCCUGGGGAGGGGAGGGGGAGGAGGGAGGGGACGGGGAACGCCCCCCAAGCAGCCUCGGUGCCGUCGGGGCCCGCCCUUCCUCCUCGCCCUGCAGUAGCGGCGGUCUCCCCCCCCCCGCAGUUCCAAGGCGCCCGGCGCGCCUUCGGAGUUUCUGUUUCUCUUCUCUCCCUCUGCCCAAGUUGGAGGAGACCCGAUCGCGGGCGAGGGCUCGCCCAGCCGCCGCCGCCGCCGCCGGCCCGCCUUCCCUUCCUUUUCCCUUCCCUGCCUCCUCCUCCUCCUCCUCCUCUUGCGCCCUGCCCAGGCGCGGAGAUCCAGCCGGCGAGAGGAAGAUGGCAGGAGGCGAGGAGGGAAGAAGGGCCGGCCGGCAGCCCCACCGCCGCUGCCAAAGCCCCGGGCCGUCCUGCUCGUGGCGCGCCCCCAGCGCUUGAAGGCUUCCACCACCCCCCCGGCGGGCGAGCCAAGGGAGGGAGGGAGGCGCCGCUCGGCUCGGAUGCCGGCCCACGCCCGGGCCGCGGAGGCAGGGGAGACGCCGAGCGCGGCGCCCUGAUCGGGGCGGCCAGGGAGGAACCAAGGAAGGAAGGAAGGAAGGAGGGGAGCCGCGGGAAAGAGACUUUUCUCCAGAGAGGGGGGGAAAGGAAAAGAAGCCGGCAAGAGGAUUCAAUUGAGGACGAUGCGGAGAAAUCGAGGAGUUGACGUUCGGAAGAUCCAGCAACAGAAGUGGUAUCCGUCCACCGGCUGAGAGAUCUGAGGUGGGGCAGCCCCGUUAGGAUCACGCUGUCUCGCUGGGAAAGUGGGGACGUGAAGAGUCUUGGUUUAGUGUGAGGCCCCCCCCCCCCCGCCGCCGGCC